AUUACAACUAUCGUUAGAUAUAAAAGAGCCAUCUGUUGUACGAUGGUGAUUAAAUAGUUGAUAUCUGUCUCGUCGCUUUCGUUGACUGACCUUCCAUAAUUAACAGUUGAAUAUUAAGAGGUAUGGGUUGUAGUGCGGCCAAGAACGUAACGGUGGAAUCUUUGGAUGGCAACAAUUCAGGCGAACUGUCGAAUGGGAACGGGGUUAGAAAAGUUUCCGUUCCCAAUCUGAGUGUUCCGCCCCUGGAGGGAGAAGAUCUACAAGCGGAAUUGCUAGAGUCGGCCACCGUGAAUAACAUACAGAAAGGACAAAAUGGGUUGUCUUUCGACAUUGCGUUCGAGGAAGAGGGUAAUGAAGAAAGCAUAAUAAAGAAACAUCCUCCAAAGAGAUUCCAAAGAUUGGAGGAACAACCAACCAGUCCUAUUACUUUAGAUAAAUUACAAGAGAAGUUAGAGGAAGCCGAAAUCAGACGACAACAGAUUCUCGCACAGAGAGUUCAAUCGGCUAAGGUCAGAAACCAGUUGAGGAAACAGUCGAGCAUAGGGUCCAAUUCAGCCGAAGAUGAUCCUGAUCAUUUAAAAGUGCCCCCUGAAGUACCUCCAAAAACUCCAAACCCAUACGAUGUAGCAUAUGUUUAACCUUAUAUUUAUACACAUUGUAUUGGUAACAGUUUUAUUUUAUGUUAAUGAGAUG